GAACCUAUACAACAAAGUUGUAAAUGAAACAAAACCACAGGACUACAGCCAUAACCACAAAUUAAAAGCAGACUAAAAUAAAACCAGACUUUCCAAUAAUGUCUCUUUUUUGAUUAUUUCUUUCAUUCUAGGUAGGAAAUAAAGGGACCUUAAUCAGAAGGGAGUUUUUACCCUCACAUAUGUGACUGACUGUGUCAAAAUAUCCAUUGUCCAUUCUACCUGAUCACACGCAAAAGCAGUAGUCUUUUCCUGGAUUCAUUACUUGAUGACAAGCUGUUCAGAGAGCACCUAUCAAAUCUAAUAUUAUAAUCUGCUGCUUUUUUUUCUUCUUCUAGUAUACACUGCUGUCCAUCAGAAGAAAUAAUUAAUAGGUUUAUUAUGUAUGAAAACGUCAUCCUGUCAGUUCGGUGCCAGGUUUGCAUAGCUCAUAUCAGCAACUCAUUGAUGCCAUGCAUGCUCACUGUCCCGAGAUAUGACAAAACACUACACCCCUUGGGAUUUUUUUUUCUCCUGUUCAGAAACAGCAUUUCACAUCUGUGUCUGACAGAAGCAUUAGAAGCAGAGAGGAGCAGACCCUUCAUCAGCCCUUACAAAUAUGAGGCUGAAGCAUAGGUGAAAAGUUAAGACAAAAACUGAAGUCCAAUAAUCAUGCAUUAUUGUUUUUCAAAGCAACAUACAAUGUGGGAGCUACUGAAUUUGUAGGAAAACAAGAACUUUUCACUGUUGGAAUCAUCUACAGAAAACAGAUGGGAUUUAUUGGACGCUAAAGCUUUUAAUCAAUUUUUAAUAAGUACUGAACACUUGAGUUAUCUGGGGUAUGUUAAUCUGCCUCUAUUGUUUGAAGAGAUGUGAAGUUCGGAGCUUCCUUUCUGUAAUUUUAGAAGAACAAAAUAACCUAAAAUGCUGCAUAUAGAAGCCAAUCAAGUAUUCAGGAUGUCUGGGAAUAAAUUAGAAACAACAACCACCACCACAAAUCAAAGCAGCAGCAACGAAUAAAGAUGCUGUGGAAAAAGAAUUCUCAAGACACAGUAGAAGAAUGUACUUAAAAUAGAAAAGCUUCCUACCUGGUGUGUCUUUCCGUGUAUUCAGACAGAGCACACAUAAGAGCUUCAAUAAAUGAUCUUCAAUCAAAUAUCUCCAGGUGUCUUCCAGAAAAUUAUCAAGUACAGAAAACGUUCUGCAAUGACCUUAAUAUCCCUAUGAUAAUACUCUAAGAACAAGAAUGGAAGUAAAUGUAUAUAGCAAUUCAACUAUUGUAAACAGUACAUCUGUUAAUCAUAAACAGUUAGAAGGGCAUAGCAUUUGGGAAGUCAUUACAAUUGCUACUGUCACAGCAAUUGUAAGCCUAAUAACCAUAGUGGGAAACAUUCUUGUAAUGAUAUCCUUCAAAGUCAACAGUCAACUCAAAACUGUUAACAAUUAUUACUUGCUCAGCCUUGCUUGUGCAGACCUCAUCAUUGGAAUAUUUUCUAUGAAUCUCUACACAUCUUAUAUACUAAUAGGCCAUUGGUCUCUUGGAAGUCUGGCCUGUGAUCUGUGGCUAGCACUGGACUAUGUAGCUAGCAAUGCCUCAGUAAUGAAUUUGCUUGUUAUUAGUUUUGAUCGAUACUUUUCCAUCACAAGACCUCUAACCUACAGGGCUAAGCGUACUCCCAAAAGGGCUGGCAUAAUGAUUGGUCUAGCUUGGUUAAUUUCCUUUAUUUUGUGGGCACCACCAAUCUUAUGCUGGCAGUAUUUUGUAGGGGAGCGAACUGUCCCACCUGAAGAAUGCCAGAUACAAUUUUUGUAUGAACCCAUUAUCACCUUUGGCACCGCAAUUGCUGCUUUCUACAUCCCAGUGUCAGUGAUGACUAUUUUAUAUUGCCGCAUUUAUAAAGAGACUGAGAAACGUACCAAGGACCUUGCUGAACUACAAGGCUCUGAAUCUGUGGCAGAACUUGAGAUGAUAAAACCCCAGAAAGCUCUUCUGAAGUCCUGUUUUAGUUGCAAGCAACAAAAUUUAGCCAAAAGGGAGAGGUGUCAGGCUUCAUGGUCUUCAUCCAGUCGAAGCACUUCAGCCACUGCAAAAGCACCUCAAACACCAAAUACUUGUAAUGAUUGGUCUAAGGCAGAGCAGCUAACCACUUGUAGCAGCUAUGCAUCCUCAGAAGAAGAGGACAAACCUGCCACUGAUUCAGUUUUUCAAGUAACUUACAAGAGUCCAGACAAAGGUAGGAAAGAAGAAUUUAAUGAAAAGGAGAAUAAGGAAGUUUUUAUCAAAGACCACCAUAUGGAAACUAAUUUUGAGACACAGAAGUACUUUCUUUCUCCAGCCAAAAGCGAAGUGCAAAAAAGUCCAAAAUGUGUGGCCUAUAAAUUCCACUUGGUGGUUAAGGCUGAUGGCACACAGGAAACCAACAAUGGUUGCCGAAAAGUAAAAAUAACUCCUUGUUCUGCUGCUUUAUCAAAGGACCCUUCCAUCAAGAGCAUGGAUCCAAAUUUAAGUAACCAAAUCACUAAAAGGAAAAGAAUGGUUCUUAUAAAGGAGCGCAAAGCAGCCCAGACUUUAAGUGCCAUUCUUCUAGCUUUUAUCAUCACUUGGACUCCCUACAAUAUAAUGGUUUUGGUCUCCACAUUUUGCUCAGACUGCAUUCCUCUAACACUGUGGCACCUUGGAUAUUGGCUUUGCUAUGUGAAUAGCACUGUUAACCCUAUUUGUUAUGCUCUCUGUAACAAAACUUUCCGAAAAACUUUUAAGAUGCUGCUCUUCUGUCAAUGGAAAAAGAAGAAAGUGGAAGAGAAGUUGUAUUGGCAGGGUAAUACCAAACUGCUAUAAUUGAAAUAGACAAUGCGAGCAAAACAUAAACAGUAUUGACAUUAUUCACACGUCGUAAAUUGGCUGCAGUUCUUUCUUUUCAAAAGUUGUUCCUUUACAUGUCUGGGGACAAAAAUUCCUGCAUGGGAAAGCCAAAUUUUGCAUAAUGACAGUCUUGUGCAUGGGUUCAAGAGGGAAGCAGCAGGUGCUGUGAUUGUCUAUGGGUGUCAGCAGUCAUUCUGUGAAGAUGCAUUAUUGCCAACAAUCUUAGGAUCCUGUGGUGUUCCCCUUCAGCCAGAGAAUGAGUACAGUGAAUCAUAGACCCUGACCUGUUGGGUCAUCCAGACCAUCUUCAGUUGCAAGACUGUUUUCCUCUGUAUUUUCUAAUGUUUUGUCUAUUCUAUUUUUAUAUGUCUGUAGCAAUGGACCUUACACUAGUUCCCUUGUGACACUAGUCCAUAGCCUGAGGAAAUGGAACAAGAAGCACUUAAAGGUGAAAACAGCAGUACCCAAAAUAACGUAUUGGGAGAUCCUUUGGCCCCCAAAUGGGCAAAACCUGUUAAGGGCAAGUGUAAUCCUAAAAAAAUUGUUCUGUUUCAGGACAGUGUUUCUGAGUGGAGGGGAGAGCUCACAGGUGAUAUAAUAUACACUGUUGUUUGUAUAUUAAGAACCCAGUGUCAAUACCAGGGCUGUCAUGCAAAGUACCACCUGUAAACAAAUAGCAGAAAUUUCUGAAUUUGUAUUUCUUCAUAUACCGGGAGUUUUAGUUUUUUUAAAUGCACACUAGCAGUGCAAAGUGACUGUACAAAAUGGAAUUCAUUGCACUUCACACUUAAUUUAUUUUAUUUACUAUUAUACAGCACAUAAAUAAAAAUAAAUCUCUCUUUAAUUCCCCUGCUCCCACUCAGAAAUCUACCAUUAGUUUAAUGAGACACAGAACACAGGAAAAAACAUAAAUUGAUGUCAUGUAGUCAUCAGUAUAUCAUGAGACUAUUAAAAAUACUGAGAAAAUUGGUAUUACUGGAAAAUGAAAACAGGAUUUUUGUGACUCACCUCUGAGUGUUCUAUAUUAAUUGUUAUAUUGUUUAGCAUUUAUAUAGCACUUUUGAUCUUCAUUUUACAAAUAUUACCUAAUUAAUAUUUGGAAUUAUUUGUUCUCUUGGAGUUAGAUCUUCUGGGCUAGUCGAAAUGCUCAGUUGGGGAAAACUAGCUGUUAAAACAUCUUUGUGGCUCCUGGAUUCUGGGACCAGUGUGUUCAGGCCAGCCCUGGUGCAGUGGGACCAGCGUGUUCAGCCCCCGCGUGCCAAUGGACUGUUCCAGAAACGGAGGUUUGUGGGGCCUACGGGUUCUCACUGAUGCCUCUCCUGCAAAAAGAGUGGGUGGUUAGAGAUGAUAUGAUAGUACUGGGCUGCAUGAAGUAUUCCAUUUGGUAGGAGAAGCCCUUAUAUAAAUGGGUUCUCUGUCAUUACAGUCACUUGCAGUGCAAAGCUGGUGGAGUGGGGUAAUGUGUAUCUCACUACAGAAUAAUAAAAUUAAGUGCCAAAAUCCCGUUUGGAAACAAAGGAAGUGGCAAGAGAAAUCAGAGGGCAUAAAAAUCUGAGCAUAAAUAAAUAUUUUUUAAAGGGACAACAAAAUAAACAUCCUGUAAGAAAUUACAAAUAUUGAACUAGAGAUGAGCCCACAUCACAAGGUCUAUCUAGCCUUUAUCCAAAUUUAGGGGUAUUUGGAUCAAGAGUUUUGAUUUGGGCCCAUCUCAAUAUUACAUCUCAGAAUAUAUUUAAUAUGAUAACAGUGUGACAUGAAAUACUUGCACAGUGCAGAGAUAAUGCAUCAGAUUUCAUGCUAGUUAUCCUGAAUUUGUCACUGUUUUCAGUAAAAUUUGUUUUCAGUGGAGUUGAAAAUUUAAUUAAUAGUAGUUAUCAUGAAAGACAUGUUUUUCCAUAACUAUCCAAUUAAUUAAUGUCAAUGUCCAUUGUGUAAGUAAUUUUAAAAUAUUCCUAAUUUUUAGAGGAAAAAUAUGCCAAUGAAAGGCUAGUGAUAUGUGAAAAAAAUAUUUUGAAUUCAACAUGAUUGAUUUUGAAGUACAUUAUAUUGUCUGAGUUACUUCUGGCACUUUGGCAUAUGAUUAUUAAAGGGAAACGUGGGUUUUUAUAAAGACCCUUUUGUUGAUUUUUCCUCUGUCACCAUCCAGAGCUUUUUCUGUGUAUAGUGGAUGUGUCCUAACUGGUAAUUAUAGUGGGUUUAUCUUAUUUUUCAUUGGAUGAAACACGCAAGUAGAGUGUUUGAUUCAACACAAUAUUAACGUACACAUCAAUGACAAAAGCUAUAGUAAAGGCAAAAUGUAUAAGGCUGUACCAAUUCUUGCUAGCUGCAAUGUUGUUGCUAAAGUAAAGCAUUGGCUUCUACUUCUGAAGUUAAAUGGGAUAUUUUCGUUGCCCCUUUUUGGCUUCUGUUAAACAAGAGUGUUUUGUAAACGUUUAUGGACUAUGUGCUGAAUAGAUGUAUAAGGUAGAUUAUAUAGCGAUGGAUGCAAUUAUGUCAGUUCAAUGUAAUUGUGAAAUAUGUGCUCAAAUUAUGCUGCUAGCAUCUGAGACGUUACAUUGCCAAACCAGGAGGUAUGUUGUAAAUACCUGGAAUUAUAUAAAGAAAUAUAGGAUGUUUAUGCUUUCCUGUUAUAUAGUAUGGUAACAUGAGGCUCAACAAAACAUAAUUUAGUAGUUAAUUAUAUCUAAUUUUCAAGUUCUGUAAAGCUCCCUUUUAAACUUAAUGUGGACUAAAAUGCUUACCAUCUACAUUAUCUGGAUUCCUGUUCUUUACACGUCUAUUCAUUUUGAUAACUGGUUAUGAACUAGGGACCUUGUAAAGAGAUCUUUUGGGUAAAAUGUUUAUAUCUUUAAGUAAGUGUUCCCCAAGCCAAUCACACAAAUAUGUUUAAGAACUAAUCCUUAUUCAAAAUACAAAUGUCAUUUCCUCUCUCUUUCUUUACACUUCCAGUCCCUUUCCC